AUGGCGGAAUCCUCGGACCCAAAAGUCUCUGUGCUGUUUGUCUGCCUCGGGAACAUAUGUCGGUCACCAAUGGCUGAAGGCGUCUUCCGAUCGCUCACGAAAUCGAAUCCUCGCAUUGGCGAAGUCGACUCUGCUGGCACUGGCGCAUAUCACACGCUAGAUCCGCCUGAUUACCGAACAGUCACAACCCUUCGUAAGCAUGGCAUCACGGAUUAUGAACAUGGAGCACGGCAAGUCCAUGCUGGAGACUUUGAAGAGUUUGAUUAUAUUUUCGCCAUGGAUGCAUACAACUUCAGCGACCUGCAGCGUCUGCAACGGCGAGCUGAAAGCAAAGGCAAGAAGACAAAAGCUAAAGUCAUGAUGUUUGGCGAUUUCGGAGGUAAGAGCAAAGGCGAAGAAGUGAUCGAUCCGUACUAUGGAGCCGAUAAUGGAUUCGAAGAGGUCUACCAACAGGUGACUCGAUUCUCCAAGAACUUCCUAGAAGAAGUCAUCAAUAAGGACGCACAGAAGUGA